AUGUCCUCCGCUACGCCGUUGGAGGAUGUGAUGCGUGACAAGAUCGCUCACGCGUUUACACCUUCGAAACUCGAGAUCCGGAACGACUCCCACCUCCAUGCGCACCACGCCGCAAUGGAAGGCUCGGUGUCGAAGGAGACCCAUUUCCAUGUGACCAUUGUCUCCGAUUCCUUCGAGUCCAAGAUGCAACCCGCGCGGCACCGCAUGGUCUACGCAUUGUUCAAGGAAGAGAUGGCUCGGGAGGGCGGCCUGCAUGCACUGCAGCUCAAGACGAAGACCCCGGCUGAGGAACAGCGCGAGAAGGAGAGGAAGGAGAAGGCAUAA